GAAUCUAGCUAUACAUGCCAGUAUCCUCUCACGAGACAAUCCCAUCAAACAGUAACAAUUCUCGGAAAUCACAAUCUAUCCAGCGAGGGUUCUCAGCUAAAUGUCAUGAUGGAUGGAGAUCUUCUGCGAAAAUUACGAGUUGAGGACGUCCGCGUGGAUAGAAAUAGCCCUACGAGACGCACUGAUUACUCGAGCAAGGCCACCACCUACAGUCGGAUCCCACACAUUAUGGCUCCUCGUACUCUCGACAGGCGGAUCAUACACUUCAAGGCUUCCCAUACUCUGGACAAUCUCCCACUCGAGCUCUUCUGGCUCAUCACCGAGUUCCUGGACGACUAUUCUCUCAGUGCUUUGCGGUGCGUGUCCAAGGCACUCAAAGCCAAGACCACCUCACCCUGGCAAUGUAGCCGCCUGCGCCCGUUCUCCAUCCAUGUCGACCCGGAAGAUCCAGGACGCGUAUGCAUCCGCCCAGACGGCGCAGAGGCCCUUGCGCCUCGCGCUCUGCCCGGGCAGUACCGAGCGCUGCAAUGUGCGCGGCAGCUGAUCUUCGAAUUCUCACCCUACCUCUUCCACCCCAAGGGUCUUCCCGAAUUCUGUCUGAUCACGCUGGGCCGGAUCCUGCAUGACAAUCCAGUCCCACAAGCGCUCAAGCUUCAGGCCUUAACCCUGUGCGCGCUGUAUUCCAACGGGAAGUGCCCAGGCUGGAGUGAGGAUUACUCGAUCGUUCCUCGGAAUCCAUUCAACCUCGCGGGGCUCCGCGACAAGUUCUCCGCUCACUGGGGCCACCUCACGCAGCUGGCUGUCUACAUGCCCGGCGCGAAGGACGCCGCGGCGAUGGUGAAUGACUUGGUGAUUAGUUGCAUCCUGCCGCAUGCGCCCCGGCUUGAGGACUUUCGGCACUUCGGCGGACCUCUUUUUAACAUGCACAUACCAAACCGCAUGCUCGGGCAACUAGCGCGCCUAGACCCGCGACCACCGCUGAAGCGACAGGACAUCAACACCGCCGACAUCUCCUGGCACCCCCACGAGAUCACCCGCGCGCUGCAGGCCUACGGGCGCACGGAUGGCUCGGACCGAUGGCCAGAAGUGUUCACGGAGGCCUUUCCGCUGUGAUCGUGCGAUCCCCUCUCUCUGUCUUAAGGGGUGUGCUGUUGUUUAAGGUGGGCAUCCUUCCGCGCGCAUCGCAUCGCCCUGAGAGACCCCGCCAGAGACAUUUUUAAAACUGCUUUUUCUUUCGUUUAGACUCAACUUCAAGAAGUUUCUACCAAUACAUUUUUACCACCACAACAAAAGAUUAUGGCCCCCAACCUCGACCUACUGUUUCACAUGCACGGCUUUUUGUUCUCAUGCGAUGACCUCGACUCUGUUCCCCUUGAAGUAAAGAGCAUCAUAGAACCGAGGCCUUCUCUCAAAUUACGCCC